GUCCGCCUGCUUCUCUUCUCCCUCUCCGCCCACCCACCCACCCAGCGUCCACCACACCCUCCCCCGCCGUCUCUAAUACCACGCACGCAUCGGCUCUUCUUCCUCGCCUCCUCCUCACCUCACCUCACCUCCCUCUCUCUCCCUCAUCCUCCUCUCUUUCUCCUACUCCGGCUUCUCCUCAUCCUCCUUCUCCUUCUCCUGCAGUCUCCACCUGCCCGUCCUCCGCGCCGGCGACUAUCCCCCCCCCUUCUUGUCUGCGUGGCUGCGGCAGGGCUGAGACUGCACGAGCACCAGCAACAAAAAAAGCCCUCGUCGACAAGGCCACCCCCCCCGGUCCACGACCCGCCCACCACGCCUUUGUCACUGCUACGACUACUACUGCUGCUACGACGUGCAAGGAGCCAAACAUCCCUCCGCAGCGCCGCCGCCGUGCCCUCGCCUGCCCGUCCGUCCGCCCUCCCGCCUGCCUCCAAACAAGCAAAGCGCCGCGCUCAUCGCUGGCCCGCCCUCUCCAGCUCACUCACACCCGCCCGUCGACGUCGCGCCGCGUCCUCUCCCACGACGGCCAGCACCACAAGUACUGCAGCUACACUGCAUUUCUUCCCCGGUCCAGGUCCAGGUCUCAGAUCCCACGGAUCCCAGAUCAUCGCCGCGUGCCUGCACCCCAACGCCCAAGUCGCCAACGACCCCAUCUAUCCCUGUCGCCUCGUUUCGCCGCUCGCAGCGUCUGGCGAUCAUUGCCGCAUCUUUCCCGCCCGCACCCCUCCGGUGCCGUGCCCUCUCUCUCCACGACACGCAACCGCCGCUCUGCUGGCUCCCACGGCUACAGGUUCUUCGUCGUCACUCGACGCCCGUCACCGUCGCAGGCCUUUGCGCCGGGCGAAUCCCUCUAAGCUACUUGUUCCCCCUUUGUCGUACGAAGCAGUCGCACGCGCGCACGCACUCAAGAUCGCCAGUCGGCUUGAGCCCCGACGACUCGUCCAGCACCAUCCAGCGACGCCACCGUCCUGACCCCCGUUGGUUUGUCAUCUGCCGCACACGGACAGUCCCUGCUCAUUGUCGACGUCAGCGACCGCACCCCAGGACUCGGUGCCUCUUUAUUCGUCUGUCUGGCCUCGGCGUCGACCCAUCCACCCCGCUGCGCGUUUUCAUCUUCUCCCUCAUCCAUACAUAAUUUUGUCCGCCUCCCCCCCCUCGGCGGCUGGGUCUCCUUGGGCCCCCUUCCCGCGGCGACAAGUCUCAGCAAGAGAGGUAGUCGAGUCGAUCUCGCGACGCCGAUAGCCUUAGCUGCGACCGCGCCCGCGACCGCGCCCGCGACCGCGCCCGCCCGCGCGACAACUCGCCGCGCCAACAGGACCCGCGAACCGACGCAUGCCGCACUACGUCAGUCCUGCACGUCCCGCCACGACCAACCCUGUCAAAAUGCCCACAGCCGCCCCCGAUUCAAAACCGAGUUCGGCCCCGAGUUCGAAGCCUUCCUCGAUCAAGAGCCACGACAGCAAGAAGUCUCCUGGCCUCUUGCCCAACGAUGCGGGCCUUCAUUCAGACGCCCCGUCUGUCACCGGCAGCGAUUCGUCGCACCUUCGCCCUACGACUGAGAAGUCUUCGGUCAAGGAGCGCCUAACUCGCAUGUUCUCGAGCAAGGAGGUUACCAGAAAUGGCGCUAGCAACGGCGACGGCCAGGGCUCUCGUCCUCGAGGCUCUUCCCUGAACGGAAGCGUCUCGCCCACGCCGCGCAAGGAGUCAACAUCGGAUAGAGCCAACGACAAACCACCGCCGAAUCAAUCCAAGGCCAUUCCCGGCAAGGAACUGGGUCAGCGUUUCGUGCCCAAUCCCGACGCUCCGGGCGGCCAUGAGCACCACCUCAAGUCAAGUCGCCGGCAGGAAAAGCUGUCCGACAUGUGGCGGAGCUUGCUCGGCAAGAAGCAGGAGGCUGCACCCGAAAACGACUUGUCCCUCGUCUCCAAUUGGGUCGACUCGCUGCGUCAGGAGAAGGACGAUGCCGCCACAGACAAGAGGGGCGGCCCCACCGCUUCGUCGACCUUGGUUGAGAAGUACGGCAAGUGUCAGGAGGUGGUCGGUCGGGGUGCCUUCGGCAUCGUUCGCAUUUCCCACAAGAAGCUCGGUGGCAGCGGCGAAAAGCUAUUUGCCGUCAAGGAGUUCCGCCGCCGGCCCGAGGAGACGGAAAAGAAGUACAGCAAGCGACUCACUGCCGAGUUUUGCAUCUCUUCAUCGCUGCGCCAUCCCAACGUCAUUCAUACUCUCGACCUUCUCAAGGAUUCCAAGGGCGACUACUGCGAGGUCAUGGAGUUUUGCGCUGGCGGCGACCUCUACACCCUUGUGCUCUCGAGCGGCAAGCUGGAGGUCCAGGAAGCCGACUGCUUCUUCAAGCAAAUGAUGCGCGGUGUCGAGUACCUUCACGAGAUGGGCGUCGCCCACCGAGACCUGAAGCCCGAGAACCUCCUCCUGACUACUCGUGGUGCGCUUAAGAUCACCGACUUUGGCAACGGCGAGUGCUUCCGCAUGGCCUGGGAGACGGAUGCUCACAUGGUCUCUGGCCUGUGCGGCUCAGCCCCCUACAUUUCUCCUGAAGAAUACACCGACAAGGAGUUCGAUGCCCGCGCCGUGGAUGUCUGGGCUUGCGGCGUCAUCUACAUGGCGAUGCGGACGGGCCGCCAUCUCUGGAGAGUCGCCAAGAAGGACGACGACGAAUUCUAUGCUCGCUAUCUCGAGGGCCGCCGCGAUGAAGAAGGCUACGGCCCAAUCGAGUCUCUGCAUCGGGCCCGUUGCCGCAAUGUCAUCUACUCCGUCCUAGAUCCGCACCCCACGCGCCGUCUCACGGCCGCACAAGUGCUCAAGUCCGAAUGGGUCCGGGAGAUAAAACUCUGCAAGGCUGGCGAGGAGGGUCUCUAACACACCGUCCGUCAUGCUGUGCUGGCAUGGCGGACUGCAAUCUGACUGCGGGCGCGAACAAAAGGAUGCGCCGCGCAUCUUGCAGACGACUCUUUUGCCUCCACUUGGCGGAGAUGGGGACCACGGAACUAACAAGGCACGCACCCAACAGUGAAAGUGUGUGUCCUCGGACCGACGUAAUGACUCUACGAACAAUCACCCACGACAUUAUUCUUGCCCUUCUCUUCUCUUUGCAUCCGUAUAUUCUCACAUUACUUUACCACUUCUACCACGCUAUUAUCGAGCACCGGCGUUCUGGACGGGGGUUUGUUUGGUUGGAGGCUCAUAUAGCUGCGCUCUUCCAGCAGCAAGCGCGCGCCAUCCAUCUUUUCGAAGCACAGGAUUUCUCGACAGGAAAGAGAACGGAGAGGCCUAGGUACCGCACAGAGACAGGAGUGGGACUUAGCAAAGACCGCACAGGCGGUGUUCCACGAUGUAGCGGACAGGCUGAUGCUGUCUCUGUCUGCCCUUGACACUAUUCUUGACUUGCGCGCGCAGAUGGGAAUGGUUUCCGUCAUACAUGGAACAAGCCGGUUGACACCACCUGGCUUGGAUACGUCAGAACUGGACAUGGGGGCAAGGGGUCAUCUGUCUCUGUUGGCAGUAAUGGGCUGUACGCGACUGUGUGUCUGUCCGUAGCUUGAUGCCGCUGAGCCCUCCACCAGGCAGCUCAGACCUGCGACAUGGGAAUUGACUACCCUUCUG